CUCCGCAUCCUCCGUGUCUGCGGGAGCCAGCGGCCCCAGCCCCUAGCGCCUGGCCUGGCCAUGGCUCGGGUGGCGCAGCUGCUACUCCUGCUGCUGCUGUUGCAACCUCUGCCCGCCACGCUCGCGCCGCCCGCCCAGGACCCCUUCGCCCCGCAGCUCGGGGACACGCAGAGCUGCCAGCUGCGGUGCCGGGAUCACUACCCUAGUCCGCAGCCCUCUCAGAAGCUGGAGCAGGAGGACCCCUCCAAGUCCUGGAAUGAAUAUGACAGGGCCGUCUUCAUCAGUGCUUGUGAGCGAGGCUGCCGCCUCUUUUCCAUCUGCCAGUUCGUGGCCAGGAGCUCCAAACCCAAUGCUACCCAAGCUGAGUGUGAAGCAGCCUGUGUGGAGGCCUACGUGAAGGAGAUAGAGCAGCAGGCCUGCAGCAAGGGCUGCUGGAGCCAGAACCCUGAGCUGGAGCCUGAGCCAGAGUCCAAGCAGAAGAGAAAGGUCCUGCAAGCUCCAAGCGGGGCUUUUUCGCUCCUGGACUUGUUUUCCACCCUCUGCAAUGAUCUUGUCAACUCGGCCCAGGGCUUCGUCUCCUCCACCUGGACAUAUUAUCUACAGACUGACAAUGGGAAAGUGGUGGUGUUCCAGACCCAACCCAUGGUAGAGAGUGUAGGGCAUGAGAGGGCCCGUCUGCAGCGAGUGAAGGUGACCUGGCGAGGAUCCCAUCCUGAGGCCUUGGAGGUGCAUGUAGGCCCCUUGGACAAGGUGAGGAAGGCCAAGAUCCGAGUCAAGACCAGCAGUAAGGCCAAGGUGGAGCCUGAUGAGCUGCAGGACAAUGACUUCCUCAGUUGCAUGUCCCGGCGCUCGGGGCUUCCUCGCUGGAUCCUGGCCUGCUGCCUCUUCCUCUCUGUGCUGGUGAUGCUGUGGCUCAGCUGCUCUACCCUGGUGACUGCUCCUGGCCAGCACCUCAAGUUCCAGCCUCUGACUUUGGAACAACACAAGGGCUUCAUGGUAGAGCCAGACUGGCCUCUGUAUCCUCCCCCUUCGCACGCCUUUGGGAACAGUCCCCCACCCUACAAGCUGAAGCUGGACCUGACCAAGCUGUAGGCCUCCCUUGAUCCACACACUGCAAGAGGCAGGGGCUUCUCUGUCUUCAUUGCCCUGUGCCUAGGGGUCCAGGCCAGGGUUGGGCUUCUGCACCCCCAAGUCCUCUCUCCCUGGUCCCAUUCCUCACCCCUCUAAGUCCUGGGGUCACAAUGCCACCACUUGGGGGUGGGUGGGAUCUGGUCUUUGUUCCUCCUUGGGCCUCCUUUUGCUGGGGCAUGCCACUUCUUGUUUUUUAUUGUGUAGCUUCAUGACUAUUUGAACCCAAGUUCUGUGCUACCUUUCUCCUUCCUCCUUUCUCCCCAGUAUGGGGUGAGAUUCUGAGGCCUCGGGGGAACAAACUGUCUUGUGCUAGGGCUCCCCACCUUUUCCCCACCUCAUCUCCAGAGAUCCAGCCCCAUGGGAGGAGGCCCUCUUGGGAGGAGGCUGUGGGCAGCUCCAUGCUGGGAGAAUGGGUGGCUGAGGCUGGAUUUGCAGCCUCAUAGGGAUCAGGAGAAA